UUUUGUAUCUUAUGUGUAUUUUCCAGAUUUAUGUUCCUGUUCACAAGGAUGAUCAUUAUACUGUUUUGGUGCUAAACAAGAAAGCUAAAAGGAUUGAAAACAUUGACAAUCGUACAGACAUGAAGGAUAUUGAUAGAUAUAUUCAUGAGGGAUUUAACGGUCUUACAUACUUUGUACGUACCCUUUUGUGAUCGGAUUUUUUUAUUCCAUUUUCUUACUUGUUAAUUAAUUGUUCUUUACUUUUUUCAUCUUCAAAUGCAGUGUCGUGCUUUGAUGCUUUUAUGCAAGGUAAUAUGAGAUGUCGUGAUUUUGAUCAUCUCCAACAUUGGGGGACAACGACUCUUUAUUUCCCUUGGAGAAGCAAGGACAACAAUUAUUAUUGUGGUGUGCAUGCAAUCAAGUGUAUGGAGCUGUAUGAUGGUCAAAAUGCUAAUCAGUUUCCACUUGUUGACCUGAAAAGGGCGGCCACCAAAAACCUUGAGCGGUGCAGGCUUGCACUUCGUCUUGUGGAGCAUCCUUUAAACAAACUGAGAGACAAAGUGAAGCAUGAUUGUUAUGUUUGGUCAGCAAACAAGCCUCAACUUAUGCAAAGACAAAAGUUAAGGAAGGAAAAACAGGUUGUUCUAGAUAAAUUAGCAUUUAAUCGAUCAAAGAGGACAAACAGAAAAGAAGCACGAGUUUUACAGCGAAGGAGGGAGCAUGAGGAGGCAGUCGAAGACGUGUUGAAUAAUCACUUUGAAGACAAAGUCAAAUUAGACCAAUUGUUGAAUUUUCGUUAUUCUUAAUUAGUUGUCAAACUGACUUUUUCAUUGUAAUGUACAGUAGAAAUAGCACACAACUAAAUUUUGUAAUGUACAGUAGAAAUAGCACUCAACUCAUUUCAUAUUUUUUAUUUUUAGAAUUGUACAUUUACACUUACUUUGAAUGAAAUACAUUUGUGUAAAUGAAAUUGUUUGAGAAUUAAUUGGAAAAAUACA